CUACAAUCCCUUCACUGGCGAAACAAUUUGAUCAAAUUUCAUUUUAAAACAAAAUUAUUCCAAGAAAAUGUUAUCAACCACUUCUCCCAAGCUUCAGUCUCCAUAUCUCUGUUGUCCUCUCAAGCUCUCUCCAUCGUCUUCUUCCCAGAAACUCUUCAAAACCCAUCGCUCACCAGCUUCUUUUCCCUGUAUUAGAGCUGAUCUUGAUCAAGACACGAUAGUAGCAAUUACAGUUGGGGUUGCCGGCAUUGCGGUAGGGAUUGGAAUUCCAGUCUUCUAUGAAACCCAAAUCAACAAAGCCGCGAACAGAGAGAACACACAGCCAUGUUUUCCCUGCAAUGGCUCUGGUGCUCGUAAGUCGAAAGCCCCUCCCUAAGGCCGCCACUCUCUAUUAUUGAUUUGAAGGUUCAUUUACUAUUGAUAGAGAGCUGCACACUCUUCUUUUCAGUUGGAACAUAAAGAAUGCUAUUUUUCUAUAGGGUAAAAUGGCCAAAUGCUAUUUUCCUUGUUGCUGAUUUUCAUAAGAGCAAUUCCUACAUCAUUAAAGUCAGCAAAAUUAAUCUGCAAUUUUUCUUUUUCAAACACCUUACUGUAGACUUGUUGAGCAAAUCCACACUUCCACAUGAUAUGAUCUAUCCUCUCGAACAAUCUGGCACAUACUGCACGGAGUAUCAACCUUCAAGAAUCUACUUAACCUGGCUUUUGUUUGCAAUCUCUGAACUUUAGAGGGUAUGAACUUAUUCCAAACCCAGUUUUUCCCCAACUAUAUGACUGGUUAAACUGCCUUGCAACCAAUUGUAUCCCAUCUUACCUUCAUACCUAAUGGCUCUAGUCAUAUCACUGAACACCUCCCUAACCCUGAUCAUCUCUCUCCAGUAAUGAGGUGAAUCAAGUUUAGGAAAGUAUCCCCAAAUAUCAGCUUGUUUGAUGAACUUUGUUAUGUAGCCAUUUAACCCAUAGAAUAUCUUUCUUGUUAGCCACAUCCCAGUUAAGCCCCAUGAUAGUUUCUCUAUUUCAGUUCAGGAUAUUCUUUAGUCCCAACCCUCCAUACUUCUUAGCCCUACACACUUCUCUCCACUGAACCAAUGGACAUUUUUUAAUACUAAGAAGAACUCCCCAAAGAAAGUUUAUACAAACCACUUGGAUUCUUUUAACCACCAGCUUAGGGAGUAUAAAACUUCUUGCCCAAAAGGAGUUAACUUCCAUCAAGACAGAGUUGAUCAAUGUAACUCUCGCACUAUUAGAGAAAUGCCUAGAGGACCAAGUGGUGAUCUUAGCAGUAAUUUUAUAAAUUAGAGGCUCACAAUCAGAAGCCUUCAACCUUGCUGCUGUAAUAGGACACCCAAGAUAAAAGGAAGAUUACCCUUUUUCAAACACAACCUGAUAUUUUGAUCUAUUAACCUGCAAUCCAGUGGUAUCAUGGAAGACAUGCCAAACUGAAACACUUAACAUAACAGAAAUUCAUUCCUUGUAGCGCGGACCAAAAUGAAACAAAACUAAACCAAACAAAAAGUAUGCGACAAAGUUGAAACUCGGGGCAAAAGCCAAAGGGUGUCGUGUCAUCUUUUGACAUAAAAAAGAUUGGUUUGCUUCUUUUUGUGUAGAGCGAUGUAGGUUUUGCGUGGGCACAGGGACAGUAACAGUUGAGCUUGGAGGGGAUGAGAAGGAAGUCUCGCGUUGCAUCAACUGUGAUGGUGUUGGUUCUAUGACAUGCACAACAUGUCAAGGCAGCGGUAUCCAACCUCGAUAUCUUGAUCGCAGAGAGUUCAAAGAUGAUGAUUAAGGAAGUUGGAUUCCACAGCAGCAGGUGGUUUCAGAAAGAUGGGUUUUAUGAGCAUUGUUAUGUUGUCCAUUUCCUUUUGUUGCCUUUAAUUUAAUCAACUCAUUGAACUCUACAAAAGUAUGUGAUUUUCUUGAUUUGGUACGCCUUGGUAAGUAUGUUCUUUAUGUGACUUUGAUCUAAUACUACUUUCAUCUCAGGAUUUUUGUCCAAUUUGAAACUUUUCACUCGAAUUAGAUAAAUUUUGAUCAUCAAU